AUGGCUUCCCCUACAUGCACAAUCUCAUUGCUUUCCCUCUUUCUCUUCUCACUCUUGGCUUUCACUGCUCAAGCUCAAGUUCCAGGCAAUGAAACUUUCAAGUUUGUCAAUGAUGGAGAGUUUGGGCCGUACGUUGUAGAAUACGAUGGAAACUACCGUAUGAUUAGUGUGUUUAACGCCCCUUUCCAACUUGGCUUCUACAACACCACCCCAAAUGCCUUCACUCUUGCUCUUCGAAUGGGCUUGCUGCGAUCCGAGUCACAGUUGCGUUGGGUUUGGGAGGCCAACCGGGGAAAUCCGGUUGGCGAAAAUGCCACUCUCACCUUCGGGACAGACGGCAACCUUGUUUUGGCCGACGCCAAUGGAAGAGUGGCGUGGCAGACCAACACUGCCAACAAAGGUGUGGUAGGCUUCAAGUUGCUUCCAACAGGCAACAUGGUGCUUUAUGACCAAGGAUUAAAAUAUCGGCCGUGCAGAUAA